CGUCUGCCUCCUGGGCAUGGCUCUGUCGCAGGAGCGUCGAGUGAGCAACGACGGUGGAGGCGAACCAUCGUUGUACUUCGUCGACAAUCCCGAGGACCAGAAGGCCGUGGAGGGCCAGCCGGUGAGGCUCCGAUGCGAGGCCGAGCCCCGAGCUGACGUCACCUACUCGUGGAAAAUGGACGGACAGGCCCUGGCGCCGAGUCCACGACGCCACCAGGUCGAUGGCCACCUCGUCAUCAGCCGACUCGAUCGGCUACUCGAUAGUGGAAGCUUCGUCUGCGUGGCCACGAAUCGAAGGACCGGCGCGAGCAUCGAAAGCUCGCCGGCCAAGCUCAACGUUCAAUGGAUCAGCGAGUCGAGCGUGCAACUGCAGCAGCCCAAGCCCGCCCCGAUGAUCCGAGCCAACGGCCGGGUCGAGCUGCGCUGUCACGUCGACGGCAGCGGCGAGCUCAAGUACGAGUGGUUCAAGAACAGCCACAGCGUCCAGAUCGGGCCCGGCGACGGCCGCGUCGAGAAGCGCCGCAACCUCCUGGUGAUCAACGCGGCCAAGCCCGAGGACAACGGGGUCUAUCACUGCCUCGGGCGCAACGAGGCCGGCGCCUCGGCCCACGCCCACACGCUGCCCCUCAUAGUUCCCAGCAACGAGACUGCCGUGUUGAAGCGGGCCCCGGAGCGAUCGGUGGUGCGUCGGGGCGAGCCGGCGAGCUUCAGCUGCGUCUUCGAGAACGUCGACAAUAUACAGUGGUUCCUGGAGGACAAGGGACCCCUGGAGACGGACGACGAGCGCAUCGUGAUGGACAACGGGACCCUGCUGAUCAUGCGCGUGCACGACGGCCACAAGGGCUACUACACCUGUCACGGGAUCAGGGCCGACACGGCGCAGAUCUACGGAGCCGAGCUGCAGAUCGCCUACUUGAAAAAUCUGACCGAGGCGUCGUUCGAGCCAGCCCUGAACGAGCAGCUGGCCGUGGUCGGUGAAGGCCAAGAACUGCAGGUGAGUUGUCUGCCACCAGGUGGACUGCCGCAGCCGAGGGUCUUCUGGCGCGAUCAGCAGGGCCGCAUAAUCAGCGACUCGGGUCCGGUGCGGGUGCAGGACGACACCCUCAUCGUGGCCAAAGCCAAACCCGGCGUGGACGAGGGCAAUUACACGUGCGUCGCCGAGAAUCUGGCUGGAGCCACCGAAAUGACCGUGCACAUAGCCGUUUCGUGGCCAGCCGAGCUGCUGUCGUCGCCGCAACCGGUCGAAGUAGCCGAGGACGAGGGCGCCAAAUUUACCUGCACGUUCAAAGCCAUGCCCGCACCGAUAACGCGAGUCAGAUGGCUCAAGGACGACGAGCCGCUCCGAGGCAUGCCGAGAUACAAGCAGCUACACGAGCCCGAGGGUGGAAGCGCCAGUCUAGUCUUCAAGUCGGUUCACGCCGGCGACAAGGGCCGCUACGCCUGCGAGAUUUUGACCCUGGGUCAGCAGCGUCCAGUCCGAUCUCAGCCGGCCGCGUUGAUCGUCAAGGAGAAGCUGAAAUUUUCACCUGAGCCGGUUAACCGGCGCUUGGAGUUUAAUUCGACAGCCAAGAUCUCGUGCAAGGCGCAAGGCUCGACGGCUCCCACGUUGAGAUGGUCGAAAGUCGGCAGCAGCGAGCUGCCCAAGCACGUGCAAGACCUCAACGGUACGCUGCACUUCAGUGGCGUCUUGGAGAGCGACAAGGGCAAUUAUACCUGCGUGGCGAGCAACAGCCAGGGCGAAAUCAGCCACACGAUCAAGAUCGACGUAGUCAUCGGGCCGAAAUUCACGAUCAGACCGGAGAACGUAACCGCGACGGAGGGCCAGGCCGCGUGGCUGCACUGCGCCGCCGAGGGCGAUCCCAAGCCGGCCAUCCAGUGGGACAAGGACUCGCGCAUGAACAGCCUCGACGCGGAUCGUUUCGUGCUCAUGCCCAACGGCAGUCUGUACGUCAAGGAGGUCUACCUGAGCGACGAGGGCAAGUACGGCUGCACCGCAGGAAACAGUGGUGGCCUCAAGCGCGAAGAGGUUCAUCUCAGCGUUCGAGCUGUGGACGGCUACCGUUCAGACAUGGAGCUCGACUUGGCCGAGGAGAGCGGGAUGAUGACGAAAACGGUGAUAAUCACGUUGGGCGCCGCAGCUGCCUACAUGUUAUUGGUCAUAGGUCUGAUGGUCUAUUGUCGGCAUCGAAGGCGCAGGAGGAAGCAAAGAUAUCUGCAAGAACAAGUCGAUGGACAAGAGAAAGGAGGUGAAAACGAGGUGCAGGAGGAGCAGUGCGAACUCGGCGAGACGAUUACCAAGAGUCACAAAAGGGAGCACGGCCGUGACGCGCACAAGAGCGACGGCAACGACACGGCCCACAGUCAGAACAGCGGCUACUCGCGUCGAUCGAGAUCCAACUACGAUAAGAUGAUCAUCAGCCGAUCGAAUCUCGGCGAUCUGAAGCCACUUGGCCGAGGCGAGUUCGGCGAGAUUUUUUCGAGUAGAUACAAGGCGAGCGAGACGCCAUUGGACGGUUCUGCAGCCUCGUCAUCCGGCGGGCCCAAGGAGAUCUGCGUCAUGGUGAAGAAACUGACCAACACCAAGGACGAGACGGUGCUGCACGACUUCAAGCGUCACCUCGACCUGCUGCACAAGCUCAAUCACGAGAACGUGGCCAAGUUCAUUGGGCUGUGUCGCGAAGAGGAGCCCGACUUCAUGAUACUCGAGUACACGGACUGGGGCGAUCUGAAGCAGUUCCUGCUGGCGUCGAAGACGGGAAGCAAGGAGGCGGCACCUGGCGGCGACUCGACCAAACCCAGAGCGCCUCAGCUCACGGUGCCGCAGAUACUGUCGCUUGCCAAUCAGGCCGCGCGAGGACUGAAACACGUGGCCGACCAUCGACUGGUGCACAAGGACGUGGCCGCCCGCAACUGCCUCAUAUCCAGCAGCUACUGCCUCAAACUGUCACUCUCGUGCAUGUCCAAGGAGCCGCACCAGCGCGAGUACACCAAGUAUCGCAAUCAGAUAAUACCGCUGCGCUGGAUGCCCAAGGAGGCCGUGUUCGAGGACGAGUACUCGACCAAGAGCGACGUCUACUCGUACUCGUGUCUGCUCUGGGAGAUGUUCCAGCAGGGCGAGCUGCCCUUCAAAAAAUACAACGACGACUCGGUCAUCAAUCAGCUGAAGGCCCAGACGCUGACCUGGCAGGCGCACAAGGCGGCGCCGCCCCAGCUGCAGGAGCUCCAGAGGCAGUGCUGGUCGUACGAUCCGCGCGAGAGGCCGACCUUCGACGAGAUCUGCGACAGGCUGCGCGACAUAGUGGCCGAUUGCGCUCAAGUCUAAAGACUGGUA